CAACAAGUCCAUAUCGGUCAUCAAGCCUGGAGCCCCUCACAGUAGCCGCCACCAUGCCUGUCUUCCACACCAAGACCAUAGAGAGCAUCCUGGAGCCGGUGGCCCAGCAGAUCUCCCACCUUGUCAUCAUGCAUGAAGAAGGCGAGGUAGACGGCAAGGCCAUCCCAGAGCUGACCGCACCUGUAGCGGCUGUGCAGGCGGCGGUCAGCAACCUAGUCCGGGUUGGGAAAGAAACUGUUCAGACGACUGAUGAUCAGAUAAUGAGGAGAGACAUGCCGCCUGCUUUCAUCAAAGUAGAAAAUGCGUGUGCUAAGCUUGUCCAGGCUGCUCAAAUGCUGCAUGCAGAUCCAUAUUCUGUGCCAGCUCGUGAUUACCUUAUUGAUGGUUCUCGUGGAAUCCUCUCUGGCACCUCAGAUCUGCUUCUGACUUUUGAUGAGGCUGAGGUGAGGAAAAUAAUCAGAGUGUGUAAAGGUAUUCUGGAGUACCUGGCUGUUGCAGAGGUGGUUGAAAGCAUGGAAGAUCUGGUGACGUACACCAAGAAUUUGGGACCAGGAAUGACCAAGAUGGCAAAAAUGAUUGAUGACCGUCAACAAGAGUUGACCCAUCAGGAACAUAGAGUUAUGCUUGUCAAUUCCAUGAACAUGGUGAAAGAUCUGCUGCCAGUGUUGAUUUCAGCUAUGAAGAUCUUUGUGACAACUAAGAGUUCCCGUAGCCAAGGUGUAGAAGAAGCUCUGAAAAAUCGUAACUUUACAGUGGAUAAGAUGAGUGCUGAGAUUAAUGAAAUAAUUAGAGUACUGCAGCUUACUUCUUGGGAUGAAGACGCCUGGGCCAGCAAGGACACAGAAGCUAUGAAGAGGGCCCUUGCGCUCAUUGGCUCUAAAAUGAACCAGGCAAAGGGAUGGCUGAGAGAUCCAAAUGCACCCCCAGGUGAUGCCGGAGAGCAAGCUGUGCGCCAGAUUCUGGAUGAGGCAGGGAAAGUCGGGGAGCUAUGUGCAGGCAAGGAGCGGAAGGACAUUUUGGGGACCUGCCAGGCUCUAAAUCAGAUAACAGAUCAAGUGGCUGAUUUAAGGGCAAGAGGCCAAGGUGCUACCCCAGCAGCAAUGCAGAAAGCACAGCAAGUAUCUCAGGGCUUAGACCUCCUGACAGCUAAAGUUGAAAAUGCCGCCCGUAAGUUGGAAGUUCUGACAAACUCCAAACAAGCUAUUGGCAAAAAGAUUGACGCAGCUCAGAGCUGGCUUGCAGAUCCCAAUGGUGGUCCUGAAGGAGAGGAGACUAUGCGGGAAAUCCUAGCAGAAGCUAAGAGGAUUGCAGAGUUGUGCGAGGAUCCUAAGGAUAGAGAGGACAUCUUGCGUUCCUUGGGAGAAAUAGCAGCGGCCACUGGCAAGCUGAGUGAGCUCCGUCGACAAGGGAAGGGAAACACACCAGAAGCACGUGCCUUAGCGAAGCAGAUAGCAACUUCACUGCAGAAUUUGCAGACCAAGGUGAAUCGUGCCGUGGCCAACAGCCGUCCUGUGAAAGCUGCUGUAAAUAUGGAAGGAAAGGUAGAGCAGGCCCAGCGCUGGAUUGACAAUCCCUCUGUGGAUGACCGUGGUGUGGGUCAAGCUGCCGUCCGUGGCCUCGUAGCAGAAGGACGUCGCUUGGCGAACUCUAUGAUCGGACCUUACCGCCAAGAUAUGAUGGCAAAGUGUGACCGUGUAGAGCAGUUGGCGGGAACACUUGCUGAGCUAGCAGCACGGGGCGAAGGGGACACACCACAGGCUCGAGCUGUGGCUGCUCAACUCCAGGAUGCGUUGAAGGAUCUGAAGACCAGGAUGCAAGAAGCAAUGACUCAGGAAGUGUCUGAUGUAUUCAGUGAUACCACUACUCCUAUUAAACUUCUGGCUGUGGCAGCCACCUCACCACCUGAUGCUCCAAACAGAGAGGAGAUGUUUUUGGAGAGAUCUGCCAAUUUUGAGAACCAUGCGGCUCGUCUUGGUGCUACAGCAGAAAAAGCAGCAGCAGCAGGAUCAGCUAAUAAAACCACUGUGGAAGGAAUACAAGCAACUGUAAAGACGGCCAGGGAGCUCACUCCUCAGGUAGUCUCUGCUGCUCGGAUCCUGUUGCGUAAUCCAGGGAACCAGGCUGCCUAUGAACACUUUGAAACCAUGAAAAAUCAAUGGAUAGAUAAUGUAGAAAAAAUGACAGGCCUUGUGGAUGAAGCCAUAGACACCCGGGCCCUGCUGGAUGCUUCUGAGGAAGCUAUUAAGAAGGAUAUUGACAAAUGCAGAGUGGCCAUGGCAAAUAUGCAACCCCAGAUGCUUGUUGCUGGAGCCACUAGUAUUGCGCGCCGUGCAAACCGUAUCCUGUUGGUGGCCAAAAGGGAGGUGGAGAACUCAGAAGAUCCAAAAUUCCGAGAGGCGGUAAAGAAUGCUUCAGAUGACCUUAGCAAGACCAUCUCUCCUAUGGUUCUGGAAGCCAAAGCUGUAGCUGGCAACAUCUCAGAUCCAGCUUUGCAGAAAGGCUUCUUGGAAUCGGGCUACAGGAUCCUAGGAGCUGUGGCCAAAGUGAGGGAAGCAUUCCAGCCUCCGGAGCCAGAAUUCCCUCCACCUCCCCCUGACUUGGAGCAUCUGCGGCUGACCGAUGAGGCUGCACCUCCUAAACCACCUCUUCCUGAAGGAGAGAUUCCACCACCCAGGCCCCCACCUCCUGAUGAGAAGGAUGAAGAGUUCCCUGAAGAGAAGGUGGGCGAGGUGAAUGAACCAAUGAUGGUGGCUGCAAGACAACUUCACGAAGAAGCACGCAAAUGGUCCAGCAAGUCACCUGGAAGCCCUGCUCCUGCUACCCCGCAGGGUAGAGAAGCCGUUGUGUCUGAGGUAGAGCAGGAGCGUGAGGAAGAGGAGGAGGAGGAGGAAGCGUCAGUGGAAUUUGUCCUCUCCUCUGAUGUUGAAGAUGAUUAUGAGCCAGAGCUGUUCUUAGUGCCCGAGGGGCAGCCUGUGAACCAGCCAAUGCUGGCCGCAGCUCAGUCUUUACACCGAGAAGCUACCAAAUGGUCCAGUAAGGGUAAUGACAUCAUCGCAGCUGCCAAGCGCAUGGCUCUGCUUAUGGCUGAGAUGUCUCGGCUUGUGAGAGGUGGUAGUGGCAACAAGAGAGCUCUGAUUCAGUGUGCCAAAGACAUUGCUAAAGCAUCAGAUGAAGUGACCAAGCUGGCCAAGGAAGUGGCUAAGCAGUGCACAGAUAAGAGGAUCAGAACUAACUUGCUACAGGUAUGUGAAAGGAUCCCGACUAUCAGCACCCAGCUAAAGAUUCUGAGUACUGUCAAGGCCACUAUGCUGGGAAGGACCAAUAUCAGCGAUGAAGAAUCAGAGCAGGCAACAGAAAUGCUUGUCCAUAAUGCACAGAACCUGAUGCAGUCAGUAAAAGAGACUGUAAGGGAGGCUGAAGCUGCAUCAAUCAAGAUCCGGACAGAUGCUGGAUUCACACUUCGUUGGGCCCGGAAAACCCCCUGGUACCAGUAACUCCUUCACCUUGGGAUGGAAUAUAGCUGUCUCCUCCUACUGUACAAAGCACACUAAUAAUGUGUAACUAAAAA